GCGCGGAGAGUCGCGCUUUUUCGAGAUCGCUGAUCGAUCGGUUCACACAUAGUUUUCUCCGAUCCAAUUAAUACUGCGUAGCGGCUCGGUCAUGUCUCUAAUCAACCUAAAAUCCAGCGAUAUGUACGACGAACCGAUAAAUCUGUGGAAGACCAAGCAGCGAGUUCACUAUCACCACGAUGUGGUCAAAGGAAAAAAUAAUCAAACAUCCUCCGAUGGCUGUGAUUAUAUAACCAUUAGUGUGCCAAAGAAGUCGGCUUCGUUCUCCAGAUCGCCCCCCAAUUCGUUGCCCCCCUCGGUUCCGGGAACUCCUCCACACUCUGUGGCAGCCACCUCGAAUCAGGUGAUCCGUUACGCCAGAACAUCGUGUGACCAUUGUGGCCAUCAUAGCAUUCCGGUCAUGUCGCCGCAUCCCAUCUCACCGCUGGCCAAGUCCCAGACCAAUCUGGAUCUCGUGGAGCAUGCCAGUCAGAGGCAGGCCCUCCUACCAAUGCCCACAAUAGGGAUACAUCGUGAUGACUCUGCCUGCACCCUGCAGGUGUCCCGGAGGCCAUCGCUGCUCCUUCAGGAGAUACUCACACAGCGACCGCCGCUUUUUGGAAAAAAAGAUGGCAAUGGAUUCCUGUCGCCCAGGAGUGCCAGAAAUGGAAACCUGCAAGGAACAGCCAGCGGCAGUACAGCCACAAUUAAUUUACAAAGCGGCACAACAAGUGCCAGGAAUGGAUCCACAGCCUUUUUUGAUAAUGGAGCCAAGAGCUAUCAGGCCAAGCAGCAAAAGGAAAAGAACCGGCGGACGGGCAAUGAUGCCAUAAGUUCUGCCUUGUCGGCCACUUACUGCAAGCUAUUGGUAUUGCUUGGUGUUUGUCUGCCCAUCACAGAGGUGAUAUCCGAUCAGAUACCAACCUAUGUGUACCAAGGAUUCUAUGUCUAUCUCUACGUAGGCAGCAUACUCUUUGUGAUAUUUCUGUACAUCAGUGCUUUUCGCAAUCGAUCGCUAUUCAAUGCGCUCAAAGACUUUCAUGAAAAGAACAGCAAUGUCCAUCUUAAGCACAAAGUCACACAUUUCGGCAGCUUUUACCUGAGAGUCGGAGCCAUUGCCUUCGCUAUUGGCACUAUGGUAUAUUCUGGCCUGGAGUUUGGCCAGUUCUUCGAGUUGAAUGGUCAUCCUGGCUGCCGUGAUGUCUUUGUGGCCAUUACACCCAUUUGCAGGAUGAUCCUGUGCAUCGCCCAGGUUCAGUUCAUCUUCCUGAACACGACCUACAUGGACAUGGCUCGCCACAAGGUGACCUCGAGAUUCGGACUCAUGCAUAUGGUGGCCACCAAUCUUUGCGAGUGGCUUUAUGUCCUUGUUGAGGAGACCAAACACGAGAUAUUCCACAUCGGUCAACACGAAGUGGAUCCUGCCCACGACCUGGUUAUCCACAACAACACCAUCAGUCGCCCGGACUGGACAGCGGUCAAUGAGUCCCUGCAUCAGCAUCAUCUUCACAACUCGCAUCUGACGGUUACGGAUCCGCUGAACAGGACAGUGCUGGCCAACGUGAGCACUAUUAUUGCGAACAUGACUGUGACACCUUCGCCCACGACGGCUCCCUUCAGUGGCUGUUCUCGAACUACCAUUAUGGGUGCUCUGGUCCAGCAGCUAUCACCCUUUCUGUUCCCCUGCACCAUUGAGUACUCCCUGAUCUGUGCUGUAAUUCUCUACGAAAUGUGGAAGACUGUCAAGUCUAUUCCGGAUAUCGACAAGACCAGGAAGAACUCUGUGAAACCUGUGACCCAGAAACCAGCUCACCACUUCUCCGUGGACUGCUCGCAAUCGCACAAGGGUCUUUUCUUUGGCAUUCUGAUCAUAGUGAUGACCAUUAUCUCCAUGAUCAUGUACUUUGUGCUGUACACGCAGCCAGGAUACGAACUGGUGGCCACUCAGGAGGUUACUCUGUGGGAGACCUUCAUGUACUUCAUGUGCGCUGCGGCUGUGAUAACGGGCAUGAUCCUGAUGCGUGAUCUGCGCUAUAUUAAGGACACCAGCGAUGAGCACCACUCGAUGGAUCUGGACAAUCUUCUCCUGAUUGUGGCUCAGACCGGCGUGUAUCUGUAUGGAAUGUUUAGCAUCCUGGGCAGUUACUUUGCCAAAUGGGACACAGUGCCGGAUCGCGUCGAGGGAAUUAUAGCAGAGGUGUUUGGUGUGGUCCAGACUUCACUGCAGACCAUGUUCAUCCUUCAUGCCAGUCACCGGCGAUGCAAAGGUGCCAAGCAGGUGCGAAGGAAGCCGGGCAGGGAGAUCAUCACAUUCCUCCUGGUGGCCAACAUUGCCAUUUGGUUUGUGAAUACGCUGAUCAAGGGACGAGCAGUGUUCCGUGAGACUCACCUGGAGUUCUUCGGAGUCUGGGGCUGGACCAUCAUUACUCACAUCUCCAUGCCGCUGGCCAUCUUCUAUCGAUUCCACUCCACGAUUUGCCUGUUUGAAGUCUGGAAAAUCACAUACAAGGCCAAGGCGCAUUAGGACUUGAAUAAUUCCCUUGAUAAGUUGUCAAUUCCUGUCUUGUUUAAGUUAAUUUAAAUUCCGAACAAUGUAGUUUUGUGCAUUAGUUAAUUUAUUUUUAAGAACGAAAACCAGUCGACA